AUGGCGCCGGCGCUGCAGGGCCUGAGCGCCCUCGGGGCGGUGCUGCACGUAGGUGGCUCCCUGCUCAUCGUGGUGGGCCAGACCGUGGUCAAGAUCUCGCACUGCAUCAAGGAGUCGUCAGGCAUGCCUCACACCUGGCUAGUGCCCCGCCACGCCUCCCCCAAGCCCCAGUGGCAGCGCCCCGACGGCCAGUGGCGGCGCCUGCUGGUGGGAUCCCGGGCGUACGCCGUGGCCGGCUGGGGCCUGUUCGCCGGCGGCAACCUCCUGCGCUUUGUGUCCAUGCGCUUCGCCUCCCAGACCGUGCUCUCCGGUCUCGGCUCCCUCCAGUUCGUGCUCAUCCCCGUCGCCUCCCAGGCAUUGCUCGGUGUGCGUGCGGAUCGCUCUGCCGCGCUGGGCGUGCUGGUGGUCGUGGCCGGCAACGUUCUCAUCGUCUGGCACGGCCCCGGCGACGUAGAGUACUCGGUGGCCGCGCUGCGAGCGCUGUGGCAGGCGCGCACCAUGCGCGCCUUCCUCCUGGCCAUGGCGCUGGCGCUGACGGCGCUGCAGCUGAUCUGCCUGGGCUUCGCCCUGCCCUGGAGCGGGACAUGGGUCACGGCCGACGCCGCCCAGGUGUUCACCGGCGCGCUCCUCUACUCCGCCGUGGCCUCCAUGAUAGGUGCCUGGUCCGUGCUCUUCAGCAAGUCGCUGACGUACGUGGUGUCGGAGCUGCCAGACUCCCUGGCCGACCCCUACGGCUGGUUCGUGGCGGCCGCCUUCCUGGGCACCGCGGCGUGGUGGAUCCGGCAGAGCAACCAGGGCCUCAGGCUGUACCCGGCAUCCCUCAUCAUGCCCCUCAUGCAGGCCUUCUGGAUGUGCAUGUCGGUGCUGGAGGGCGGCAUCUACUUCCAGGAGCUGGACCACCUCCCCGCCAGCUCCAUCUGGCUGCUCAUGACGGGACUGGUGAUGGCGCUGGCGGGCGCCAUCUUCAUGGGGGUGGCCGGCUUCGUGGCGGAGCGGCGGCUGGUCACCGAGAACGAGGUGCUGGAGGCGGGCCGGGCGGGCAGCGGGCUGAAGACCUCCUUUGCACUGGUUCCGGGGUCGGAGCUGGGCCCGGAGGGCUCCGGCGUCGACUUGUCCUAUGCCCGCAGGGCGGAGACGCUGAGCACGCCCCAGUACCGUGCGGCGGCGGCGGCGGCCCGGCUCGACGCCUUUGCGCCCCUCGUUCCGGGCCAGACGGGGCUGCUGCCCGGGGGCAACUCACCGCUGUCCCGGAGCCAGACGCUGGAGGAGAGCCCCCUGGCAGCUCUCGAGCUGGCCGCCUCCCCGCGGGACGCGCUGGCCUCGCCCACCAGCCCCAGCAGCAUCCGGGAGGUGGUCAUCGACUCCCAGCGCCUGCUGCGCUCGGGGGCGGGGGGGCUGCUGCACCGAGUGACCCAGGCGUUCCAUUGA